UCAGACAAGCUGCACUUCCAGGGCUGGGACGGCAGAAGGGGGAGAAACUCCAAUUGGAAGACGCUCAGAGCACCAAAAGGAUUUGCUAUAACUGCAGAAAGAGAUCUGAAUCUAGGAUAGAAAAUCAGAUUCUCUCUUUCCAGACAUCGUAACAUCGGACGAGCCUCAGAGCUGCAGAAUAUUGGGAUUUAAAUGUGACUCUCUCAAAUAGCUGUCAGAAUGCAUUCAUAUUCAGCACUGGCUUGGGAAUCUGUGUGAAUCUCUGGUACAUGAGUGAGUCGAGACUCGAAGACUGAAUUCUUGCUCUUGAUAAUGAACCGAGGAAGCUAAUUUCACCUCGAAAGGGAAAGCGCCAUUGGUGUCCACAACCAUUUCCCCUGGUCUUCAUCAAAAGAGCAUAAACGAUGUUUCACGAAGACAGAAAGGAAGGAAGUCCCAGAUUCGGGAAGCUCAAUUUUCCUGUGGGCCUCUGGAUUAAUUCUCCAAAAAAACACUUUGCUAAACUGGGCAGGCGAUGGCCUAGCGCAGCCUCUAUCAAGUCUACAUCUUCAGACACCACUAGCCGCAACAAUGAGACUGUGGAACUGCGUCAGCCAACCAGGAACAAAAAUAACCGCCACAAGCGCCUGUCCAACCUCUUUCAUCGUAGCACCAACAGCAUUGCUGGCAGCAUCAGUAGCGGAACAGGUCGCUGGGUUAGUGAAAAGAAAUUGUCGGAAAUUAUUGACACAGUGCCAGAGGACUUGGUGGAGCUGUCCAGUCAAAAAAACUUGCCCGGUAUCCUGAAAAUAUUUGGAGAUGAUAUUUCUUCUGGGACCAACUAUAAGAGUGUUUUGGCCACCCCACGUUCCUCUGCACAGGAACUGGUGAAGGAGGCCAUAGAAAGAUACGCCGUGGCUGAUGCAGAAACAGAAGUCUUUGUCCUGUGUGAUGCGGUGGGGCGAUUUGUAGGGCUUGAAGGGGAAUGGAAAAUGGAGUAUCUGCGCAUAAUUGGGGACCAUGAGCGUCCUCUGGUUUUACAAGAGAUGUGGAAGCCUAAAAUUGGGUUCUCUCGGCGCUUUGAAAUCAGGCGCAGGCAAGAGGUGGAGAAAAUGACCAUGGCUGAGGAUAAUGAAACUGCAGGUAUAAAUGCUCAAGCUCGCAGAUUACAGAAGAGUCGAUCACGAGCUGCCUCUGGAGGAAACGCUCCAUUAAGGGAAAGAGAAAACAGUGUCUCACUCCGCCGCAGUAUAAGUGAUGUCAACAUCAAUAAUAAGAAUCGCAGAGAAAGGAAAAGCAUAAAGAGCAUGGUGGCCAAUGAUGGAGAUCCUGGGCAAGAUCUUGAUCAAAGUCAAAAGGAUGGGAACCCUGAGAUGAAAAAUUCAAGUGAAGGUGACAGAAAUGUUGACCGUGAUGAUUCAGCUGACCAGAUGGACUUAGAUUUUGAGCGUCUUUCUCAGUGUUUGAUUCAACCUCCAGCUGAACACCCAUACUUUCUUCUUCUGCAAGGAUACAACAAAGAGCAGGAUUUUGUCAUAUAUGUUAUGACCCGAAAGAAACAUCUCUUUGGCAGGGCAGAAAAAUCUUUAAGGGACAAGGGACCUUAUGUUGACACUUUUUUAUCAGCACCAGAUAUUCUUCCACGACAUUGCUCUGUAUGGCGUCUAGAUUCCACUGGGCAGAAAUACAUUGUACGUGUAAGACCUUAUAGGGGGGCUCUUGUUACACAUAAUGGAAGAGUGCUCCAAAGAGAAACAGAACUUCACACAGGGGAUUUAUUGGGACUUGGGGAGCAUUUUUUGUUUAUGUACAAAGAUCCAAGAAUGCCUCAAGACCGUCCUGCCUGGCUUCCAAAAUCAUGGUCAUCGCCAAGUUUAACUGGUGCUUUUUCCUGUGAAAUGUGUGGGCAAUCACUCCAGGAGAAACAAGAGGCUGUACAAGCCUACAUAGAGAGCCGAGAGCCAGUGCUCCAAUAUCGCUCACAAGAGGAGGACUUAGUGUUAAAAGAAAUAAUUGAGAAAACUGGUAAACCUGGAUCGGAUUUCAAGCUGACUCCUGCCUACCUCUUCAGUCUUUGUCUUGAGCAUUCAACACGAGCAUUGGAUCCUGGACACUUCCCUAAACUGGUCAUGAAGAUUGCCAGUUUCAUCAAAGAAGUUGUAUGGGAGAAGAUUAAAGAGAUUGGAGACAAGCAACCAGAAAACCAGCAGGACAGGGGCAUGCCAAGCUCACUGGGUAUUGAGGAGGUCGCCGCUGACCUUCGACCUCUCAUGCUGUGGAUGUCUAAUUCUAUGGAGCUGCUGAAUUUUGUUCAACGAAAAAUCUUAGACUUGGAAAAAGAAUGGGAAUCGGAAGGAUCCUCCCAGGAUGCACUGUUAUCAAGUGACAUUGAUGCAUGUGAAGAGUCUAUGUCUCUCCUUGAUGAAGUCAUUAUGUACACAUUUCAGCAGUGUGUAUAUUACCUGACCAAGACACUUUAUGCAGCCCUCCCAGCCCUUUUAGAGAGCAACCCAUUCACAGACCCUGCAAAACUCUCCGACGUGGGAGAACUAAGUAACAUGCCUGAGGGAACUCGCGGUACCCUGGCCAUUUACCAGGCGACUCUGGAUUUAACACGAGAGUGUGAAUUGCACCCGGAUCUUGUGUCUCAGACAUUUGGUUAUCUCUUCUUCUUCUCCAAUGCCUCCCUCUGCAAUACAUUAAUGGAAAAAGGUAAUGGAGAACCAUUUUACCAGUGGUCAAAAGCAGUUCAAAUCCGAACAAAUCUGGACUUAGUUCUGGACUGGCUGCAGGGCAUUGGACUUGGUGACAUAGCUGCAGAAUUCUUCCGAAAAUUGUCUGCUACUGUAAACUUGCUGUGCAUUCCAAAAACAAGUCUCAUGAAGAUUUCAUGGAGCACCCUCCGCAAUGACUACCCAGCAUUAAGCAGCGCUCAGCUCAACCACUUGCUAAGAAACUAUCAUUUAGGAGUGGGAAGAUCACAUCCAGCUGCAUGGGAGCCCCCUGAGGAGGAAAAAGAUGAGAUCGCAAACACAGAUAUCUUUGAAAGCUUCACUGAACACCCACCACUGAUUCUACCUUGUGAGAACUUCCGCUUGCAGCUCUCCCAGUCAAUCAACGAUGACGCAUUUCACAGCCAGUUGUGUCAGCUCCGCCGUUUUGUUUGGGACCUGGAGCAAAAAUCACUUCCAGCCAAUCAGAGAGCAUCAUAUAGAGUGGACAAUAGUCAAUAGGAGAGCAAGAUGAUGACUCAAACCUCAUUAUCCUUUAGAAUGAUGGCGUGUGCCGACAAACGCCAGAACUUGACUGUAUUGUGCUUGGGUAUGGAAUGGAUCCGAGGAAAACAUUCUUAAUUGCACUUGAAUGGAGAGUGGCCUGGGUUGAAGAAUAUCAUAAGACACAUUAUAGUGGAGAGUAGGCAGUUGCCUAGGAGGGUAUCAUGGAGGCAACUGUGCAUAAUGUAUGACUGAUUAAUGUAAAACACAUAUCUUUAUCUAUUAAUAGCUAGUCUCCUAUGUUUACUUAAAGGACCUCUGCUAUUUUAAACUUGACACCUGAUCUAUUCACAUGUUUUAUACCCCUGUCAUUCAAAUUUUAUUUAUAUCUAUGAAGAUGCCAGUUUAUGCCAACUUUUUGGCAUUUGUAAGCCUUACAGGCAUACAAUAUGCCCUCUCAAACAUGAAACCUAAUCUAUUUUGGGUACCUACGGUGCAGCAAAGUAGAGCCUUUACUCGACAUUAUUGCAAACGUAUCUGUUUUAGUCUUGAAGGUAGUACAAACUGAGAUAACUGCCCCGUGUUGCAAAUAUGUGGGUAUAAUUGAAGAACCUUGUACAAUGUUUAUGUCAGGUCUUCUAACCUUCAGCAACCAAUCAGAUGUUUGCUUUCUGACACGUAAAUGUUAUUAGGCCUGGUACAAACAUAACUUUUAUUACAUUACACCUUAGAGUAGCCCCCUGCAGAAUAACAGUUGGAGAUAGUAGGGCAGUGGUAUAACAGGUAUAGAAGGAAUAAUUGUGUUGUUAAAAGUACAACUCUUAGCAACCGUGGACACUUAAAGGCUGUUGGGUGUUGCUGGUAGUUGAAGUCUAUGCUGAUGGGUUGGACACACAGUCCAAUACUCAGUAAAAUUUGUUUUACCCCAGCUCUUGAUGAUUUUAUUAGAAUAUUUAAAUAAAUUUGGAUUUUUAUCAAUAAACUCGUAUUCAUGGAUCCUGGAAUAUGGAGCCAUUAGGUGCGUCUUUGAAGAUACCACGUGACCAGAGUGGAUUGGCCUCCACCACCAGCAGUUGAUCCUUUGUUCCCCUAUCUCUGGGUAAUGGGUUUCCUUGUAGCGUGCUUUCUCUUUUAGCCUUGGGUUUCGUCGCAUCAGAAGUACAUAAAUUCUAGAGGAAAUGGGGGAAGGUAACAUCAUCAACAGGGUGGCCCAUGGGCAGAGUUUGGCCAGCCACAUGCCUGUGACUUGCUAUAGAUGUGCUUUGCUGGACUGAACCUGCCCAAACCCUGGGUAAACUCACCAGCCCGCACAACACCAGUAGCCUCCCUCCCAAUCUGUGUGCCACAUCUCCCCAAUAAAUGCACCAUUUCCGUUACCUGUUGAAAAAGCAGAGCAGUACACUAGGGUUGAUAUUUUUCUCCAAGCAAUUGCCAUCACUGGCUGGACCUGGCUUUUACUCCAUGUCUAGAAUCACUGGCAGGAGAAAACUAGACCACCAACCCUACUGCACUACUCUGAGUUUGCUCAGUUCAGACUUACCUUACCUAACUGGCAGCAAUGCACCAUCCAUCUAUAUCAAACUGAUUAAGGUACAUGCUGGCAUCAUCGGUUCUUAGUUUAAUGAUUUAGAAUAAUUUAAUUUAUUCAGCGAUUUUGUUUCUCGCUCUCUCUUUUUGUUUUCCAGUUCAGCAGCAAAGGUGUUUGCCUAUGUCAUUUUUCUUCUGUUUAAAUAAAGGCCAAUUAAUUAAUGA